GAUGAUCGGCUCUCCUCCAGUUCUCCAGGCGGCGCUGCUGCGACUGGAGAGAAGUAAGCGGAAGUGUGACGUCAGCAGACCUACUAUCAACAUUAAAGUGCAUCGAGUCGCGAUUUAGGGUGAUUCGUUUAAUAUCAUCAUGCCUGAACGCGAAACUGAUGUGUACUCCAAUCCUCUGGCUCCUGAUGGCCAUGAGGUGGAAGAUCAUCGGUCAGCGCUACAAUCCAAGCUGACCAAUGAUGACUUCAGGAAGCUUCUGAUGACCCCGAGAGCCACCCCGUCCUCAGCUCCACCCUCCAAAACACGGCACCAUGAGAUGCCACGGGAAUAUAACGAGGAUGAGGAUCCAGCAGCUCGCAGGCGUAAGAAAAAAAGUUACUAUGCUAAACUGCGGCAGCAGGAGAUGGAGAGAGAGCGUGAGCUGGCGGAGAAGUACCGUGACCGCGCUCGAGAACGACGUGAUGGUGUUAAUAAAGACUACGAGGAGACUGAGCUCAUCAGCACCACAGCCAACUAUCGAGCCGUGGGACCCACUGCAGAGGCGGACAAAUCAGCAGCAGAGAAAAGGCGUCAGCUGAUCCAGGAGUCCAAGUUCUUGGGUGGUGAUAUGGAGCACACUCACUUGGUGAAGGGUUUGGAUUUUGCCCUGCUACAGAAGGUCAGAGCUGAGAUCACUAGUAAGGAGCGGGAAGAGGAGGACAUGAUUGAGAAAGUGCAGAAGGAAGUCAAGAGAGAUGAAGAUCCAGAGCAGAAGAUUGAGUUCAAGACUCGCCUGGGACGGAACAUCUAUCGUAUCCUGUUCAAGGGUCGUCAGAUGGAGCGUAACGAGCUUUUCCUGCCAGGCCGUAUGGCUUAUGUGGUGGACCUGGAAGACGAGUAUGCAGACACCGACAUCCCAACCACCCUCAUCCGCAGCAAAGCCGACUGCCCCACCAUGGAGGCUCAGACGACACUCACCACCAAUGACAUAGUCAUCAGCAAACUGACGCAGAUCCUGUCGUACCUGAGGCAGGGCACACGCAACAAGAAAAUCAAGAAGAAGGACAAAGGGCGUCUGGAUGAGAAGAAAGCACCUGAGGCUGACUUGAGCAUCUUUGAUGACAUCGGUGACUACAUACCCUCCACCUCCAAGAGCAUCAGAGACAAAGAGAAAGAGCGCUACCGGGAGAGAGAGAGGGAAAGGGAGAAAGAUCGAGAGCGUGAGAGGGAGAGAGAGAGGGAGAGGGAGAGAGAGAGAGAUCGGGACGAGGAGAAAAGACGACACAGUUACUUUGAGAAGCCUCGAGCUGACGAGGAGGUCAUAGACAUCGAUAAAGGUCCAGCCUCUGUGAAGGACCAGAUCAAGCUAAUCAAUGAAAAGUUUGCUGGAGCUGCUCACUUGCAGGGCCCGGAAGCUGGAAGCAGACGUGAAGAGAAGAAGCAUCUGGGAGAUUUCUUUGGGAUGUCAAACAGUUACGCUGAAUGCUACCCUGCCACAAUGGAUGAUCUGGCUGUGGACAGCGAUGAAGAAGUGGACUACAGCAAGAUGGACCAGGGUAAUAAGAAGGGUCCUUUGGGCCGCUGGGACUUUGACACUCAAGAGGAGUACAGCGACUACAUGAACAACAAGGAGGCGCUGCCAAAGGCCGCCUUCCAGUACGGCAUCAAAAUGUCAGAGGGCAGAAAGACUCGUCGCUUUAAAGAAACCAACGAGAAGGCCGAAUUAGACCGACAGUGGAAGAAAAUCAGUGCUAUCAUUGAGAAGAGAAAGAAGAUGGAGGCAGAUGGGGUGGACAUAAAACGGCCCAAAUAUUAAAGCUUCAACAGUGUGAAGAAAUCUUUCCAGCUGCACGUAUUUGAUGCACAUGUAUAAACCGUGAAUGAGUUAUCCAUUUGUGUUGUUUUUGUUUAUUUUCAUUAUACAAAUACGUUGGUAGAGAAAUUGUUAAAAUAUUUCAAAUUUUUACUGUUUUACUGUUCAUUCCAAGUGUUUUUAGGACGAGUGUUUAAGAACUAGAUGCAGUGUUAAAAAUUGUGACACACGUGAUAAUAGAAACUAUAUGCUUAUCCUUAUCCCAUCAUAUGAGACUUGAAUUGACAGAAACAUUCAUGUGGACAAAUGUGUGUAUAUAUAAGGUUUUUUUUUUUUUUUGAGCACAUUUAUUCACUAAUACAAAUGCAUUGUCAUCUAAUUCUGAGUUACAAUAAAGCAUAAUACACUCUCUGAA